AUGACGAACCCGCAACCAACGCCGUCUCUCUCGGCGCUCCUGAGCCCCGACGCCCUCUUCGGCAACCCGCUCUUCGCCGGCGGGAUGGGCCUCGCCGGGCUGGGCGCCGCGGCCGCGUUCGGGCGGCGCCUCGCCAUCUCGGGCGCCGGCAUGCUGCGGCGCCGCAUGCUGGUCAACGUCGAGAUCAGCCGGCGCGACCCGUCGUACCCGUGGGUGCUCGCCUGGCUGUCGCAGCCGCGCCCGAGCCCGGGCUUCCUGGCCUCGAGGCUGACGCGCAUCCACAACCUGUCCAUUGCGACGUCGACUAGCCGGCCCAGCGCGCCCGGCGGUGGCGGCGGCGACGCCGAGGCGGCCGCGGGGGGGCCCGUCCACGCCAGCUUCUUCCUGCAGCCCGGGUACGGGCGGCACCUGGUGCGGGUGCGCGACGGGGUGUACCUCUCGGUGCGGCGCGAGAAGACCAGCACGGCCAGCCUGAGCACGGGCGAGCCGCACGAGACGGUGACGCUGACGGCGCUGUGGCCGCACCGGCGCGUGUUUGAGGAGGUGUUCUCCGAGGCGCACGCGCUGAGCGCCCGCGCCCACGAGGGCAAGACGGUCGUCUUCGCGGCCCGCAAGCUCGAGUGGGCGCCGCUGGGCGAGCCGCGCCGCAAGAGGCCCCUCGGCAGCGUCGUGCUCGACGAGGGCGUCAAGGAGGGCGUCGUCGCCGACGUCAAGGACUUCCUCGGCCGCCAGAGCUGGUACGUCGACAGGGGGAUCCCCUAUCGCAGGGGGUACCUGCUGUACGGCCCGCCGGGCAGCGGCAAGACGUCCUUCAUCCAGGCCCUCGCCGGCGAGCUCGACUACAGCGUCGCCAUGAUCAACCUGAGCGAGGUCGGCGUCACCGACGACCACCUGGCCUACCUCCUGACGAAGCUGCCCAAGCGCAGCAUCCUGCUGCUGGAGGACGCCGACGCCGCCUUCGUCAACCGGAGGCAGAGGGAGUCGGACGGGUACAGCGGCGCCACCGUCACCUUCUCGGGGCUCCUCAACGCCCUGGACGGCCUCGCCGCUGGCGAGGAGAGGAUCGCCUUCCUCACCACGAACCACAUCGACCGCAUGGACCCCGCGCUCAUACGGCCGGGCCGCGUCGACAUGAUGGUCCGCAUCGGAGAGGCCACCCGCUACCAGGCCGGCAAGAUGUGGGAACGGUUCUACGGCGACGUUGACCAGGACGGAUCCGGCCGGGAGAGGUUCCUCACGCGGCUGGACGACUUGGGCCUCUUUGGAGAAGCACCGGAUAUGCCGAAGAGGCGUACUUCGACCGCUGCCAUCCAGGGCCUCUUCCUGUUCAACAAGAACGAUAUGGAGGGCGCCAUCAACAUGGCCGAAGGGCUGAUCCCCCGCACAUUCGAACCGGAGCCCCAAGACGCAGAGGGGACGAUCAAGUCUCCGGCUUGA